UUGAGAAUCCGUCAGAACCUCCGUCAGAAUCGUGGUUAGCAUAUUUGAAUGAUUGUUGCACGGUUUUACUUCACUCUGGAAAGAAAAAUAGGACAGUGCGCAUAAGAUAAGAAGUGACAUCGUAUCACACUUUGCAUUGUGCACUUUAGCUACAGAACACUAGAAGUGGUACAUACAUACAUACGUAACUUGAGACGAGUCAGAGCAUAGUGCAUUAUGUCAGUGUGGAUGAAAUCACUUUAUGGAACGCAUGGCAAUUACAUUGCAUUACUGCUUAAAUAGGAGAUCAUACAAAUUUUACAAAUUUUGAAUGGAUACAAAUAGGGAGAUCUCUCUCAAAGAGUUGUAACUUAAACUUCAAGGUUUGUCAGCAACAAAGCCAUGAGUGUAGCAGGUGUACUCCUUACGUGGCUAAAUAUUAAAAAUGCUUCCUGUGGCAAUGAUACCGAUAAACCUCUUGGAAUAGAUGAAGCAUGUUUCAGUGUUGUUAACACAAAUGAUCAUGCUGUCGAAUUAUACUCUAUAGUAUCGGAAUGCUAUGUGUGUAAUGGAAUACCACAGGCAAACCUAUCCGCUAAUAGCAAUACCUCCUUAAUUAUACCUACAAGGUAUCCAAUGCAUGUGUAUUAUGUGGAUAAAACUGAAUAUUGUCAUACAACGUUUUCAUUUGUACAAUAUGGCCACUAUGGAUGGAAUAUUACUGACAGAAGUUGUUCUAGUAUUUAUACACUAGCUGAACCGGUAAAUCCAUAUCUUCCAAUCUUAAUGACACUCAUAGUUCUUGCAACAUGUGCAAUAUUGGGUACACUUGCCCGUGUUCUUACUGUAAAAUGUCGUGCACUGCUACAACGUAAAUUUUUGCGUGAAACAGAGAACAGCCAAAAUGAUAGAGAAUGGCUUCAACCUGCCAAUCUCGCCGAACCUUUAGUUAUGGUAUCGAAAACAAAGAAUAGAAUGCACGUAAUAGAUGCAUUCCGAGGAAUAACCAUUUUACUUAUGGUAUUUGUGAAUAAUGGUGGUGGUAGCUAUCGGAUAUUUCAACACAGCCCAUGGAAUGGACUGACCAUAGCUGACUUAGUUUUACCAUGGUUCGCCUGGAUAAUGGGCCUUACUUUAUCCAUGUCGUUACACACUCAAUUUCGAGUAACAGUUCCUCGAACGAAGAUUAUUUUAAAAACUGUACGAAGGAUGAUGAUACUGAUUUUAUUGGGAUUAGUGAUUAACUCUAUAAAAACUCCACCUAUAAAACACCUUCGAUUUCCCGGAAUACUACAACUACUAGCAAUUUCAUAUUGCAUAUGUGUUAUAUUAGAAGUACUCUUUGCACAGACCCAGCGAAAUUAUCAUUUUGGGCGGCUGAUGUUCCUACAAGAUAUUCUGAAUAAUUGGAUACAGUGGCUGAUCAUUCUGACAAUCGUAGCAAUACAUACACUUAUAACAUUUUUGCUACCUGUCCCAAAUUGUCCAACUGGAUAUUUAGGACCUGGGGGAUAUCAUCUGUAUGGUAAAUAUGCAAACUGUACCGGUGGCGCAGCUGGAUACAUCGAUAGAUUCAUAUUUGGUAACCACAUUUAUAAUAACACACACAACCCAGUGUAUGGACCAGUUUUGCCUCAUGAUCCCGAAGGUAUGAUGAAUACUAUGUCUGCAAUUUUAUUUGUAUAUUUUGGAGUACAAGCAUAUAAGAUCGUCAUAAGUCAUCCACAAAAUAAAGCUAUGUUGUUUCGAUGGUUACUGUGGUCUUUCACAUUGGGUAUCAUUGCUGGUAUUUUGAGUAACUUUAGCAAGGAAGAAGGGGUAAUUCCUGUGAACAAGAAUAUGAUGUCACUUUCUUUCGUAUUAGCAACAUCCAGCCUUGCAUUUUUUAUUUAUGCGAUACUUUGGUUUGUGAUUAUGCAUAGACAAUUUUGGACUGGUGCCCCAUUUAUUUAUGCAGGAGCAAAUUCAAUCUUUAUCUACGUUGGUCACUAUCUAACAAUGGAUCUAUUUCCUUGGUAUUGGGAAGUAAAUAGUGUGCCGACUCAUAGUUCAGUACUAGCAAUGAAUUUGUGGUCUACAACACUUUGGGGUAUAAUUGCUUAUGGACUUUAUAAAAAGAACAUCAUCAUUACAGUAUAAGAAUAUAUUGACAAAACUAAUCAUUUGGUAAUUAAAAAGAGAAUUGGUUUAAGAUGAAUUCCAUGUUCUUUCAAUGUUAUUCUAAACUUUGAUCAGUCAAUGCAAUAUUUUUAUGGAAAAAAUGCAUUUUUGUAUACUUCUUCUAAUAUAUUAUUCAUUUUACAGAUCAUAAAUAUAUAAUGUUGUGUAUGUUCAAUAGUGUAUAAAAGAUAAAGCAUAUUUUUUAUAAUCAA